AUGGAAGGAUUAACACAAUUUGUUUCAAAAUCAUUUGAAAACAAAACCAAAGUGGAAGUUUGCGAUAACACAUCAGAGACUGUAUGGACUGCGCAUGCUGCGUCAAGGGACAGGCCGAGUUCAAGCCCCAGUUCCCACAUUGACGCUGAAACAAGCAUUGACUGCGACGUAACAGUUGACGACGAACCCACGGAUUUGAGCGUAUCGAAAAUUGACGUCUGUUCCAGUCGUGCUGUUACUCCAGAAGAGUCCAUUGAACCAGACGAAUCCGGUGAUGACUCGAAAGUGGCUUGUUCGGAUAACGAAAACGAUGACCAACCGAAGUUGAAACAACGGCGUAGUCGCACCAACUUCACCCUUGAGCAACUAAAUGAACUUGAGCGGUUAUUCGACGAGACCCAUUAUCCGGAUGCCUUCAUGAGGGAAGAACUGAGCCAGCGACUGGGGCUUUCAGAGGCCAGGGUUCAGGUCUGGUUUCAAAAUCGCCGUGCAAAAUGCCGAAAGCAAGAAAGCCAAAUGCAGAAAGCCGGCAUAAUGCUUACCAGCUCAGGCAAUAUGCCCCAGCUGGACGCUUGCCGAGUUUCGCCCUUCCUCAACAUGUCGACCAUCCGCCAGCCGCUCGACCGCCUGCAUUUCCCGCCAUUCCUACCCUACUUCCCGCUUACAUCCGCUUCCGGUCUGCCGCCGCCGCUGCACCCGAUGUUGCUUUAUCACCAUCACUACGCGGCUGCGGCGCUCAAUUACGCAUCACUUCCGGUGGAGAGCGGCUUCAAGGCGACGAAGACGACAAGCAUAGCGGAUCUGCGUCUGAAGGCUCGCCAGCAUCUGGCCUCACUUGGCCUCUCAAAUAUUUAG